AUGGGUCAUGCAGCUAGUAAUUGUAGGAAGAUUAUUAAACCGGACUUAGGGAAUGAGAUCCUAAUUUGCCAAAUUUGCAAGAAACGAGGGCACAGCGCCGAGAAAUGUCGACUCCGCGAUCCUCAAUCGCGAGCAGCCAUAAAUGUAACUCAGGCAAACACAAUAAUUUGUCAAAUAUGUUCUAAACCUGGUCAUAGUGCUAAGACGUGUGGAUCCAAUCUGGAAAACAGCCAGAGAAUUUCUGUAAUUUGUCAGUGGUGUGAAAAACUUGGUCAUUCAGCUAAUAAUUGCUGGAAGAAACAAAAUUCCGAACCUAACUCUAAACCAAGGAUCGCAUGUCAACUUUGUAACAAUUACGGUCACGUCGCAAAAGAUUGCCGGUUAAAAUUACCUCAGAAGGAUAGCCCUUCUUGUCGAUAUUGUAAAGAACAAGGGCACUUGAUUGAAAAUUGUCAGUUGCGUAUCAUAAACAACAAUAAACGAAACGGAAAUUCCCAGGGAAACUACAACGGUCCUUUGAAAACGGGCGCACAACAAGGGACCGAACAAGCUCCACGCCCAUCGACGUCUCAGCAACCCAAAUAG